AUGGCUUCCAACACCAACAACGCUCGCCCUUCCGCACACCAUCACAAGGCGCCCGCAGCCGCGUCUGACGCAACCGCAGCUGCAGCCGCUCAAAACCAUGCUGGCCUCAGACCACCUUCGUCCGGUGCGCCGCCUCGAACCCCCAGCCAGGCGUCUUCGCACCGCAGCAGCCGAGCCUCCGCAGCACCGGGCGUGAAAGCGUCUUUCUCGGUCUCGGAGCCUCCUUACGUGAUCGACGGCCCUGGUGGCAGGAUCGCUUGUGUCGCCGACGUACGUGGCAACCUCUCGCUCCUCAACCAGAUUGCCGCCGAGACGGGCGCUCAAGCCAUCAUCCAUACCGGUGACUUUGGUUUCUACGACAAUGCCAGCUUGGAGCGCAUCAGCGACCGCACCCUGCGUCAUCUUGUGCAGUACUCGACGCUCAUCGAUGCGGCGCUUCGCACCAAACUGCUCGCUGCGGACCCGCCUCGUGGACCAGCUGCCACCGAAAAGGCAUCUUCGGCGAUCGGUAUGCGUCAGCACAUUGCGCAGCAGCAAGGCGGCUUGCGCCUCUCCGAGUUCUCUGAGCUGCUCACGGGCAAGAUCAAGCUUCAGGUGCCUGUGUUCACCGUCUGGGGUGCUUGCGAGGACGUUGCGAUCCUGGAACGCUUCCGCACGGGCGAAUACCGCGUGCACAACCUGCACGUGCUGGACGAGGCCACCACGAAGGCGAUCGAGGUGGGCGGCGUUCGUUUGCGCCUGUUUGGCCUAGGCGGCGCACUGGUUCUGCACAAGCUGUUUGACAACGGUGAAGGUGCAGCGACGAUCGCUGGCGGUCAGGGAACCAUGUGGACCACCGCUCUGCAGAUUGGCGAGCUCGUCGACACGGCCCAAAAGACAUUUGACCCGACCGAGACGCGUCUACUGGUCACGCACGCCUCGCCCGGUCGCGAAGGGCUGCUGGCUCAACUCGCACUGGCGCUCAAGGCGGACCUCACAGUGAGUGCUGGUCUGCACUUCCGAUACGGUGUAUCGUACAACGAGUUCAGCGUGCAGCACGACGCCGACAACUAUCACAACAAGCUGCAGCACGCCAAACACGCGUUUGGCGAGAUCUGGGAUACGGUCAAGACGCAGGUGGAUGCAGUGAUUGACGAGAACCAGAGGAUUCUGCUCAACAACGCACUCGCGGUGGCGAACCGAGUGGCUCCCACGUCCACGGCCACUGGCGCUGCAAGCGAAGAACCGGCUUGGAAGAACACGUGGAACUGGAACCUACCCGAUGCGGCGUACGGUCACCUGGUGCUCAGCAUUCGCGACGGCAGGGUGAGUGCCGAGACCAAGUCGCAGGGCUUCAACUUUGGCUAUCGCAGGAGCGGUCAACCCAUGGGCGCGGUGACUGCCACCGCUGUGCCCGGUGCAGUGGAGGCUGGCGUGGGCACCAAACGCGCUCCCGCAGCGCCACCAGCCACAGCUGCUCCGGCGGUCGGCGCGCAAAAGACGAAUGCGACUGCGGCUUCUGGCUCGGCUACGCCGGUCAAGGACAAGGCUGCCAACGCGAAACCCGCCGAGCCCAACAACGGUGCUGGUGCUGGUGCUAAUGCUGCAUCGAGCGGCGGUAGUGCUGCGGCUGGAAAGCCCACUAGCGCUGCUUCUGCUUCUGCUGCUGCUACCACGGCUACCACGGCUACCACGGCCGCUGUUGCUGGAUCGACGACCAAGCCUUUGAAAGAGAAGAAAGAGCGUGGGGCGCGCGGUGAGCGCGGACAUGGACACGAAUCGAGUGCUUCGCGAUCGGACGUCGAGGGAGGUGUGACGUCUGGCACGGACGGGCGCAGAUCGCCAGUGUCGAGUGCACGCAAGGUGCGCAAUGCGUAUACGCUGUAUGUGUCGCAGCUCAAGGAGGCGCUCCCAGUAAGCGAGGACGAGCUGCGCGCGUACUUUGGUGCGGCAGCAGCAGGCAUUACGGGGAUCAAGCUGGUGUUUGACAAGCCGCACAGGCGGACGACGUCGAGUGGCAGGGAUGAAGCCGAUCUGCCGAGGAGGCAGAGGCCGUUUGCGUAUGUCGAGUUCAAGGACGAACGCGCCAUGCUUGCGGGCUUGCAGAGAUACGGCAAUGUGAUCAAGGGCGACAUCACGCCCGAGUUGGAACAGGCGGAUAGCAACAAGCAGCAGCAGGAGGUGUUGCACAAGUCAGAUUCUGAUAGGGACAAGGAGAGGCAGACGGAUGGCACGAGGAGUGCCGAUGACAAGUCGCACAAGUCGGCCAGGCACAGGAGGGACAAGAAACCAGAAAAACCCGACUCGAACAUCGCCGAGACCAGCGACCCCUCGUCAAGCCACAAUAGAAACAAGAAGAAGAACGCCACAAAGGACAGGAAGCCGCGCGACAAGCAUGCCGUAGACACUCCUGCCGCUACGUCCACUCCUGCCACUGCCACUGCACCUGCACCUGCAUCUGCCACGCCUGCGCCUCCCGCGCCCGCACCCGCACCCGCUUCCGAGUAG